GGGGGCGCCCGCGGAGCGCGGCGCGGCGGGGUCCCUAACCGUGCCCAUCUCUCCCCUCCAGGGAGGCGCGGAGGACGGGAAGUUAGCGCGGAGUUGAUGAACUUUGCACAUCCACAGAAACGCCAUUUUGAUUCCUUUUUCCGGAACAAGUUUGUGGCUCCCUCCCGUGCGCGCUCCCCCCGGCGCGCCCCCGCGCCCCCCCGGCGGCCCAUCCUCCCGGCAUGUCGCGGCGCAAGCAGCCCAGCCCCAGCAAAGUCCGGCUGCUAGAGGGUGCUGCUGAAGAAGAGGCUGAAGAGCCAGACGCUACUAUACAUACUACACUAAGUGAGGAGACCAGCAACCAAGAAGAGAGCCACAGUCAAUCAGGGGAUAAAAAUGAAGAGAAACAGCUGGAAAGCUUAAACAGCUACAAGGUAUCACCAAGUUCACCAAACAGUGUGGAGGGAGCAGACUUGUCCUCCAUUGACGCCAUGAUGUCAGCAGUGAUGAAUGUGGGGAAACUUGCUGAAAGUGGUGGGAACUCUCAAAAUGUCAAAUCCCCCACAAAGUCUCCUGCACCAAAUCGGAUUGGCAGGAGGAACCAGGAAACAAAAGAAGAGAAGUCUUCCUAUACCUGUCCUCUGUGUGAAAAGAUUUGCACUACACAGCACCAGCUAACUAUGCACAUUCGUCAGCAUAACACUGACACUGGAGGGACAGACCAUUCCUGCAGCAUCUGUGGAAAGUCUCUGAGCUCAGCGAGCUCCCUUGAUCGCCACAUGCUGGUGCACUCAGGUGAAAGGCCUUAUAAAUGUUCAGUAUGUGGACAGUCCUUCACCACCAAUGGAAACAUGCACAGGCACAUGAAGAUUCAUGAAAAGGAUCCAAACAGCACAGCAAGCACAACUCCUCCAUCACCGCUGAAGCGCAGGCGAUUAUCUUCAAAACGGAAGUUUAGUCACGAUGCUGAGAUGGACAGAGAGGAGAGGACACCUGCAAAAAAGGUUGUCGAAGAUGGUCACUCGGGUGAAGGGGAUAAGAAGGCUGAGGAGGAAGCUUAUCAUUGUCCAGUGUGUUUCAAAGAGUUUUUUUGCAAGUAUGGGCUGGAGUCCCACAUGGAGACACAUCCAGAUAAUUCAUUGAGGUGUGACAUAUGUUGCAUUACCUUCCGUACUCACCGGGGCUUACUGCGCCAUAAUGCAGUUAUCCACAAGCAGCUUCCCAGAGAUCCCAUGGGAAAACCUUUCAUCCAGAACAACCCUUCGAUCCCAGCAGGCUUCCAUGACUUGGGAUUCACCGACUUCUCCUGUAGGAAGUUUCCCCGCAUUUCUCAGGUCUGGUGUGAAACGAAUUUGCGAAGGUGCAUCAGUGACUUCCAUCGGUUUAUCUGCGAGACGUGUAACAAGGCAUUCCCUAUGCUCUCGGCGCUCAAACUGCACACGGAAACUCAUGUGCUAGAUCAGGGAAAAGACAAGCACAAGCCACAGCCCACAACCCCACCCAGUGAGAGCCCAGACCAGAAGGCCUUCAUGGCAUCCUUGGGCCUGCAGUACACCAAAGACAUCAAGCCUGUCAAGCAGGAGGACAAUACACAAGAUGAGGUCCAAGAAAUACGGCUCAGAGCACUGAAGAGUAACCUACCUCAGGAACCUGGCAGCACCGGUCUGCUCAGCCUCUCUCCUCUGGAAGCUGCCUCUAUGGGAGGAUCAUUUUCAGUCCUUCCCCCUACAAAAGAAAACAUAAAGCUUCUCUCACUGCAGCCUUUCCAGAAGGGUUUUAUCAUCCAGCCUGACAGCAGUAUUGUGGUAAAACCCAUCUCCAAUGAGUCUGCCAUCGAGCUGGCAGACAUUCAGCAGAUCUUGAAGAUGGCUUCUUCCGCACCUCCUCAAAUCAGUCUUCCUCCACUUUCUAAGGCACCUUCUGUCCCUGUGCAGUCCAUUUUCAAGCAUAUGCCACCGCUGAAGCCAAAGCCUUUGGUAACGCCCCGAACAGUCGUUGCAACCUCUACGCCUCCUCCUCUUAUCAGUGCCCAGCAAGCUUCCCCUGGCUGCAUCAGCCCAAGCCUCCCACCUCCCCCUCUGAGGCUGAUUAAGAACUCGGUGGAGUCCUCCUCCAACACUCACCUCUCCCAGCCAGGAGCCAAAUCGAGUCCUUCCUCACAAUUGCUCCUGCAACCCAAAGUGGAGCCUUUAACUCAGCACGAGAUGAAGACACAGCUGGAACAGGACAGCAUCAUUGAAGCUCUCCUGCCUCUGAGUAUGGAAGCCAAGAUCAAGCAAGAGGUUACAGAAGGAGACCUCAAAGCCAUCAUCGCAGGGGCAGCGAACAAGAAAGCCCCAACCAUGAGGAAAGUUUUGUACCCCUGCCGUUUCUGUGACCAGGUGUUUGCCUUCUCUGGUGUCCUGAGAGCUCACAUCCGUUCCCACUUGGGUAUUUCCCCGUACCAAUGCAACAUCUGUGACUACAUCGCAGCUGACAAGGCGGCACUGAUCCGGCACCUGCGGACGCACAGCGGGGAGAGGCCUUACAUCUGUAAAAUCUGCCACUACCCCUUCACGGUGAAAGCCAACUGUGAGAGGCACCUGCGAAAGAAGCACCUCAAAGUGACCAGGAAGGAUAUAGAGAAGAACAUCGAAUAUGUCACCAGCAAUGCUGCAGAGAUGGUGGAUGCCUUUUGCUCCCCAGACACUGUGUGCAAGCUGUGUGGAGAGGACCUGAAGCAUUACCGGGCCCUCCGCAUUCACAUGAGGACGCACAGCGGCUGCCAGAAGAAGAAGCCUUUUGAGUGCAAGGAGUGUGGCACAGCCUUUUCGGCCAAGAGGAACUGCAUUCACCAUAUCCUCAAGCAGCACUUGCACGUGCAAGAGAGGGAGAUUGAGAAUUACAUCCUAGCGGUGGACUGCAGUGCCCAGGAAAGCCAGACAGACCCUCAGUUAUUGGAGGACAGCACUUACAUGGACCGCAAGCCCAUGACGCCUUUCCUGGAGCCACAGAAUGGCUUCUUGCUUGGGACCUCGUCUCAUGUUCCCAUCAAACUUGAGCCCACGGGCAACUUCCCGAUGGAUUUUGACGAGCCGUUGGAUUUCUCUCAGAAGAACAAAAACCUGAGUGCUGUGCAAGUGAAGCAGGAGAACCUGUUUGGCUCUUCUCCCUUGUCCCUCUAUGACUGUUCCAUGGAGCCUAUCGACCUGUCCAUCCCCAAAGCCCUUAAGAAGGAUAAAGAUGACGUCCCAUGUGAAGCCAGGAACCAAGAGCUGUCUGCUUCUGGGAACAGCGAUAAAGCCUAUAACUGUCUGCAGUGUCCUUUAGUUUUUGGUACCAAUGGGAACUCAGAGCAAAACAAGGCUGUCAGACAUCCCCAGCCACUGAAAGGUUCUUUGCAUUUGACUGUCCCGAUCAUUUCCCCGGCUCUCCUUGGCAAUUCUGCCCUGCUGAGACCGUUGAGGCCUAAACCACCGCCGCCACCUCUCUUGCCAAAGCCUCCAGCAACUAAAGAGCUGCCGCCAUUGGCUUCCAUUGCACAGAUCAUCUCAUCUGUGUCUUCCGCUCCUGCUUUACUGAAAACGGAGGCUGCAGAUGCCAGUCCCAAGGCAGCGAGUAGCUCCACGGGGUGUGACAAAUCAGGGAAUGCCAAAGCGAAGGUGACAAUCGUGACCGCCGUUCAGAGAGACUCCGGCCUGCCCGGUGACCUGGCUCAGGCCUGUGACCCAGAGCAGGCUCCCCUUGCCGACACCAGCUUGACUAAGAAAAGAGGUAGAAAGAAAGGAACGAAAAAUAAGCCUAAGCUUAGCAGUGGUGUGGAUCUGGAGUCAAGCGGGGAGUUUGCCAGCAUAGAGAAGAUGCUGGCUACCACAGACACUAAUAAGUUUAGCCCGUUUCUGCAGUCCACUGACAAUUUCAAGGAAGAAAGCGGCAGAAACGGAACAAGUGAGGACGAGAAAGAAGCUGCAGAAGAUAAGCUGCUGAGAGGGAAGAACGCUUACUCAGACUGCCUGCAAAACAUCCCCUGUCCUUACUGCUCUCAAGUCUUUCCAUGGGUAAAUUCCCUUCAGCGGCACAUGCUCAUGCACACAGACAGGCAGCCUGAUGCGGAGACAGUAGCUACAGGAAACGAAGUCUUGGACCUGACCUCCUGUGAGAAGGAACAGCCAGAGGAAAGGACAGAGCUACCAGAGAGUGAGUGCGGCCCCAAGGAGGAGCAGAAGGCUGACUCCCCUCCAGCAGAGGAUGCCGAAGAAAAAGCAGAUGGAUUUGAAGAGGGCCCUGAGGAAGAUUCUGUAAGUAACAAAAGUCUUGACCUCAAUUUUGCCAGCAAAUUAAUGGACUUCAAGCUGGCAGAGAGUGACCAGAGUGCAGGCAGCAGUUCUCAGACUGAAAGGAAACAUGCCUGUGACAUUUGUGGCAAAACCUUCAAGUUUGCUGGCACUCUUAGCCGCCACAAAAAGGCCCACACUCGUGAGGACAGAAAGGAUGAAAGGAGCAGUGAGGAUGAAAGCAAAAGCGUUCAGGAUGAUGCAGGAGCUCCCUCGAUGCAGGACUCUGGUCUUGAGCAGGAAGAGUCUCCGAUGGACUUGAAGGUAGUGGAGUCUCCUGUGGACUGUGAGGCGACAGGAAAGGAGAAUGAAGAGAGCGAAAGCAUCUCUGAGGGGGAAGGCACAGAGAGAAAGUCCACUGAGAAGAGCAGUGAUGACAAAAAACCAAAGACUGAUGGGGCUAAGAGUACUGCAAAAGCAGACAAAAGAAAGAAAGUCUGCACUGUGUGCAACAAGCGUUUCUGGUCUCUGCAAGAUCUGACGCGACAUAUGCGGUCUCAUACAGGUGAGAGACCUUACAAGUGUCAAACCUGUGAACGGACCUUCACUCUGAAACACAGCCUGGUUCGUCACCAGCGCAUUCACCAGAAAAUCAAAACCACCCGAAACCACGGCAAGGAGAGCGACAGGGAGGAGACCCAGUCGAGAUGUGGAGAAGACAGUGAGAACGAGUCCAGCCACAGCGGCACCAACCCCAUCUCAGAAAACGAGUGCGAGCCGGCAGGGGCGGUGGGCGGCCAUCCCUCUGUGCCAGGAAGCCGGAAGGAGCCGCCGGCCGGCAGAGAGGAGCGGCCGGGCGGGCAAGGAGCCGGCCCCUGCCCCGCCGAGCCCAGCGCCGACACACAGAAACCCACGCCCAGAGAACAGGAGCCUCGGGGCGGCUCCGAGCACGAGAGGCCCUCGGGCUUCAUCCAAGACUUGCUGGAGAUGCACAAUAAGAAGUCGCCCCUGAAUCAUCACAUCCUUGCCCCCGCAGAGCCCGCGCCGCAGCUCCUGGGGGUGGAGUGACUGGCUGGGAGCUGAGGCCGGCAGGAGGGGGCUCCCCUCAGGGGCUUUGGCUCUGGGAGAGCGACCUGCAGCCGUGGGGAGAGGAUGGCAGACUGGACGCGGUGCCAUAUGCCUUUCAGUAUAAUAAUGCAAGAGACUACAGUAUAUACUGAUUUGAGUGCCUUACUACUUUAUUAGAUCUUUUUGGUAUCAUAGAUUUUUUUUUUCCCAAAAGUGAUUUUUUUUUAAUAUUUUAAUGAAUUAUUUGGAGAGGACCUUUUUCAUUUAAGCAUUAAUGUUACCUUUUGUAUUGGUGUGCGUGAGCUUGUUCUUGUAUAUCUGUGAUAGUCGCUGUGUUUGUUCUCUGAGCUGGAAAUGGGGGCAGUGGGGUGGGAGGCCCUUGGAUACCGCAGCCAAUAACUGGAAGAAAAUUUAUGUGAAUUUCAUAUGAAAUGAGUCAGAGGAAAUGCAGACGAGACGUUGAUCGAUUGGGUUUGUUUCUCAGUAGAUGUUCUCGCGUUUGCCACGUGGUGGAGCAUUAAGCUCGUCCCGGGCCUUGAACAACGUGGCAGUCGAAGGUGUUUGAAGUGGUUCAAGCCCAAAGCAGGAAACACAAUGAAUUUCAACCUCGCGCUUGUUUCCACUUUUCAGCGUUAGCAAAAAAAAAAAGAUCUUCUAAAUCUCGGGGGCCUUUCCUGGCCGCCGUGGACCAAGCGUGUAUACAGAGAAGAGUUACAUAGCCACGUAACCUAUGGAAAUGAUGCACCCGCUGUUAUAUAUGUUUGAUUUGCUUCAGUAUAUUAUUAUUAUUAUUAUUAUUUUAUUAUUAUUUUAUAAAUCCAUCAGUUCGCUUGUCUCUGCAGUCAGCAGAAACCAAUGGGCAAUAUUUGCCCACGCAGAUCUGUUAACACAGCUUGGAUCCCCCUCUCGAGAUGUUUGUUUGACUUCACGCUUUCACCGGCUCUUCUCACGUCGCAGCUCUUCUACUGUACGUCAGAGGAAGCCCUUCCUCGGCCCCGCAGAGCAGAGCAGAGCGAGGGCAGCGAGUGUCCUCACCCCGCGGCAGGGGCCGCCUGGCGUGGGGGGCGCAGGGACGGGGCCCCGUGGGGCGGGCGCGUGGGGGCCCCAGCGUGCCUUAGCGAAGAGCAAAGUUACUCCGUCUUCCAGUGGAAAGCAAGCAGGGGAGAAAUGCGAGCCCGACCGUCAGCUUGCUACUGUCGUGUUCUAGAGCAAGAAAAUACUACUGGUGAUAAAGCUACAGAUAUAAUAAGACGUGUUAAAAAUGAAAUAAAUUUAAAAAAAAUAAAUAAAAAAUUCUUGCUGAGAUUUUGGGGUUGAUGCUUGAAGACUUGAGGUGUGUGUCUAAAUUUCAUAUCAGUAACCGAACCCCUUUCAUGCUGGCAGCUGGAAUUCCUCCCUGUGGCUCCUGUUGCCGGCGACAGGCGACACUCCAGCCACCAGUAUUGAAGGGGUUUGCGCGAAAUGUAUCCUACUGUAGCUGGGCAUUGGUCGUUUCCCGAGUGCCCGGCGGUUUUUGUUGUCCUCGUUGUUGUUGUUGUCGUUCUUGUUGUUUGUUAGUUGUCCUUCAGUCAUGACCUCUGGGACAGACAGAGCCAUAAUAGCAUUGCCGGAGCCUCACUGUGCUGUUCCACCGCCGCAGCCCCCCAGCCCAGCCCGCACUGUGACCCCCUCCUUCCCCCCCUCCCUCUCCCUCCUGCCGGAAGAAUCGCUUUUCCUGCUCUCACCAGACAUGGAGGAAGUGGGCCUCGGACCCAGUCUAUAUUAUAUAAUAUAUAUAUAUCUAUAUAUAUCUAUAUCUAUAUUAAAAAUUCUCCGAAAAUUUCUGGAGGCUGAAAUCUCUCUGUCCGGAAUUCAAAGGAAGAGAAACGUUCUGGAGUAAUAUUCUUGCGAAUAGAAUUAAGUGGUUGAGGUAUAUGUGAUUUCUUCUUUUUGUUUUUAUUAUUAUUAUUAUUAUUAUUUUCCGUGGGUUUUGUUGUAACCAGGGAUGUUUGAAGCCGUUCAGAAACUAACGCCAGAGAUAGAGAAAUCAGUCGCAACAAAUGAUUCAUUUGAAGCUCUACCCAGGUGCAUUCUACUUAAUUAAAACCAGUUCACACAUCCCUUAAAUCCUUAUUACUAUUAUAAUUAUUAUAAUUAUUAUUAUUAUUUGGGGUAAUUUUUUUUUGUUUUUGUCUUUUUUUUUUUUGUCAUGGUUUUGUUGGUUUAUGUGGUUUUUGGUUUGGUUUUUUUUUUGCAGCUCUCCACACUAAACUGCGCAAUACUGUGGGGGAGAAGCCAUUACUAAACUAUAUGCUGCAGAACGAUGUAGCAAGUAAUUAAUUCCCAGCAGCCUGCCGGGACAUCUGCUAGCAAUAAUCACUAUUGAUUUAAAGCUUUAUUUAGCCUUUAUCUAUAUCCUAGUAGAGUAUAAGGUCUUGCCACAUUUUAUUGACAUUUUUAUUAGUUUUGACUGAGAAACGUUGCUGUUGUUGGGGUUUGUUUUUGUUUCCCCUCCUCCUCCCCCCCCCCCCCCCCCAAUAUUAAACUGUGAAAUUUAUAAUGUGUUUAAACUAUGGGUGAAUCUUAGGCUUUAGUUUUGCAUGUUCAGCUAAUUUGUCUCUAUAUGAUUUUUGUUUGAAUCUUUUUAUUUUUUUUUCCUCUCUCAGGGCUUUUACAAAAAACAAACAAACAAAAAAAAGCAAAAAAAAAACCAAGGAUCCUUUGAAAUUCUUUUUGUCUGAGUCACAAAGGACUUACCAUUGAGAGAAUUCAAUCACUACAUUAAGCACUUGACUGUGAAAGCGCAAAAAAAAAGGAAAAAAAAAGGAAAAAAAAAAGGAAAAAAAAAAAAGAACCUUGUUUGAGGCUGUUGUGAAAUAACUCUUGGGGGUAUGUGACAGUCUGAUUCCAUUUUCAGAAUGAUUCGUCAUCUUCACUCUCCUCUCUGUAUGUCUCGUUCCUCUCUCCUCUCUCUCUCUCCACGAAGGAAGUUUAAUCCUAGUGAUUUCAUCCCAUGCAGGAAACAGUAAUAAAUGUGUAGAAUUCAUAUUUUUCUAAAGGGAACUUAAACUGCUGCUACGAAUUGUGUACAAGACUGGUUUAUGCCACAUGAACAGAGAAUCACACAUUUGUUUUGGUACUUUUAUUCCUCUUUUUAUUCAGUUGUACAGUACUUCCAAAUUCAAAAUAAAACGUAAAAGUUGUUCUGUAUCAAA